GCGCACUACUGUAACCGAGUGUAACUGUGUGUGCGUGUGUGGGCACUGCAUGCGGUCGCGCGGAGCCACGCCUUCUUUUCGCUGCUAAUCAACGCGCAUGCGCAUUGUCUCACGAGAGUGACGAGAUCGAUCGAGAACCGAGUCGAGAACCGAUGAAGAGUGCACAAAGAUUUUGCUGUGGAAUACAACAUGGAAAAGAAGCUAGAGCACUGGUUGAGUGGGAGAAAUCUUUCGAAGAAGACUCUGAAAAUGCUAGUCAAGGAGAAGCUGGUGACGACUGAGGUUCUGUCGCUACUGAGAGAAGACGAUAUUCAAGUCCUGAGUCAGAAACACUCCCUCAGUAUGGGCGAGACUGUUCAUCUGAGAGAGGUACGUGAUGCCGUUAUCCGCGGAGAGUACGGAGGACGACUAGUGUCGAGGAUCAGUGCUGGUACUGCUGGGGUUAGGGAGGAUGGAGUUGAGGAAGGGCAGCCCAAGAGGGGGGAGAUGGACAGUGCCCCUGAUGAUGGAGCGGGGUCCACUGAUGACGGUCCUGACUUGGCCAGGAAUCACAAAGUCCCAUCAUUGCCUGAGAGCCACACAGACAAGGUGUCUGGAGCAGGAGUAGCUGAUCCAGUGGUGAAACACGAGGAGCUCCAAGAUAGAUUGAAGAAGGCAGAGCUCCUCCAGAAACAUGGAGACUUGGAAAGAGCCAAUGAGAAGAUGCAGGAGGUGGUAGGAGAUGCUCAGACGUUUGUGACGGAUCUCGGAACAGCACACAUUCCUGACCUCUCUAAUAUAGAUACCAUUGGUGGUGCUGUGGUUGCUUUUGAAUCUAGCAGUCGACAGAGGAAAUUUUUAUGCUGCAAUUUGAUGUAAUACUUUUCCCACUGCCAUGAAGAAUUAUGAUAUGCAUGCACACAUAACUGCUAAGUGGAGAUUGAUAUUAUUAUGAAUGCAUUUACAGUAAAGAAGGAAAAUUUACACCUCCGAAUAAGGAAAAGAUUCUGUCCGAUCUGGUUCACAGUAGCUAAGUGAACAUCCGUCACUGGACGUUUUUUGCGCAUGCGCGAGCCGGGCGCAAUAGACGAUUUUCGCGCGACUAUGUAUACCGUUCGUGGUGAACGGUCUAAGCUCCGCAGGGCAAAAGGCGAGCCCCUUCGAAGGCCUUUUCACCGCCAGACUUACGAUGACACCAUUAGUCCAGCAAGAGAUUUCAGCCGUCAAGCCGCAGAGAUAAAGGAACUGAUGUCGAAGAAUGUUGAGAAGAUGGCAAAGAGAAAAGUGGAGCUUCAGAAACUGGAAGAGAAGUCAGUGCCUCCCAGUUUCGCGCCAAGCAGAAGUUUUGGUGGCAGAGAAGUGGAGAGAGGAGCAUCCUCAUCAUCAUCGUGCUCAUCCUCCUGGCUCUCAUCAUCAUUUUCAUUAUCUGGUAAUGACUGCUAUAUACACCGUGGAACAUUUUGGUAGCUCCAGAAUAAUGGUACUUUUGCAUCAGAACCCCUGUUACUUAAAUGCUCAUCAAAAUAAUUAUAAUUCAUACUAAACAGACAGCAUACAGCUUAUCACAACUG